CCAGUCACAGACCUGGUGCUCUCCAUCAACGUGCCCUACAUGGUGGCCGAGCUGGUGAUCGCUGCCCUAUCGACGGUGGGAAACCUGCUGGUCUGCCUGGCCGUGGGUCUGAACAGGAAGAUGCACACCGUCACCAACUACUUCCUGGUGUCGCUGGCCGUGGCGGAUGCCUGUGUGGGCGGGGUUGCCAUCCCCUGCGCCAUCCUGACGGACAUGGGCAUCCCCCGGCACAACCUGUACCCGUGUCUGCUCAUGCUCUCCGUGCUCAUCAUGCUCACCGAGAGCUCCAUCUUCAGCCUGCUGGCCGUGGCCGUGGAGCGCUACCUGGCCAUCUUCCUGCCUUUCCGCUACCAGACCCUGAUGACGCCCCGCAACGCGCUCCUGGUCAUCCUGGUCACCUGGGUCCUGUCCUUCCUCAUCGGCCUGGUGCCGCUCAUGGGCUGGCACAAGACCCCGCCCGAGACGGGCUACUGCUUCUUCGUCUUCGUGGUGGACAUGACCUACAUGGUCUACUUCAACUUCUUCGGCUGCGUGCUGGCGCCCCUGGUGAUCAUGUUCCUGAUCUAUGCGCGCAUCUUCGCCGUGGUGAAGCGGCAGGCCAGGCGGAUCGCAGCCGACCGGGUGCAGGGGGAGGCCCAGGCCAAGAGGGCCGCCAGCAUGCGGAGCGAGGCCAAGACGGCCGCGUCGCUCUUCCUCGUGCUCUUCCUCUUCACCGUCUGCUGGAUCCCGCUGCACAUCAUCAACUGCUUCCUGCUGCUGUGCCCGAGCUGCGCCGUGCCCCUGCCCCUCCUGCUGACUGCCAUCAUCCUCUCCCACGCCAACUCCGCCGUCAACCCCUUCCUCUACGCCUACAAGAUGAAGGCCUUCCGACGCUCUUUCAAGGCCAUCUUCCUCUGCUGCAGGUUCGGGGCAGACCAGGACGACCGGACAGAGGAUGGAGACACAACCACUCACAGGUCCUGA